AUGGAGUCCACCACCUCGGGAGGCUUCCAGUCCCGUCGCUCAUACCCAUCCCUUCACCAUAUCUCUCUAGCACCCUUAAACCCACGAUUUCCUAUUGACGACGACACUGAUCCAACAGACUACUUCAACCACCGCGACCAUGAAACUCCAGCCAGUGGUACCCGUACACCUCCAGCAUCAUCCUAUCUAUCCAGCGUCUCAGUCCCGAGCACGCCACCGAUCCUCUCCCACUCACGUAGCAACUCAAGAAGCCGCCACCACACGCGCAGCAAGACCUCUACAGGGGCAGGACCCUUCAGCGACAUGAAUCUGCACAACCGGGAGCUAAGCCAUGCCCUCCACCACAUGCAAGACACGCACAAGAAACAUCACAGCAUCUCUCAUUCGCAAGGACGACGCCCCCUGCCGGACAGCACGCCGAAAUCCAAAUCCGACGCAGAAUGGAUGCUCCGCGCAGGCAUUGCCCUAGCCUCUUCAACCCGCGAGGAAAAAGGCCAAAGCUGGCUCUCUAAGCGCGAGAGCUCAACAAGCCUCACCCCCUUCGACGAAACACCCACCAACCGCCACCACCACCGCACCAAAUCAGGCGCCUCGUGGCGCGCUUCUCGCUCCGGCGCUUCAACCCCAGGUGGAGGCGGCGCUCUCUCCCGUCGCGCCUCCCGCUCCCGCGCCGGUAGCAGACGCGGCAGUAGAGUUGAUCUAAGCAUGACCGCCCUCCCGGCGACAUCAUCUACCUCAACGACAGCAGAGAAGGUAUGCACCGGCUCGGGAACGAAUACAGGAACCGUCACACGCACGGCGAGCCCCGAAGCGCGCGGCCGUAGUCCUUUAGUGCCGGACUUCGUGGACGCGCACCUCCGCGCAGAGAUGGCGUCGCUAGAGCAUCGCGAGCACGAGUUAGAUGAAGACUCUGUGUACUGGGAUGGGACGGGCUCGGACGAAGAUGAGACUUCGUCUGAGUAUUCGUGUAGCUCUGACGAGACACCGGACGAGUUUGAUGAGGCGGAUUUGCAGCAGCUGACGCGUGAGCGUGGGUUCGGGCUCGGAUCUUGGAUUGACCGGUUGGUUGAGUGGACGCUUUUCGGAGUUGAGGAGUGGCCUGUGGCCGUUCCGGCUGCUGUGCCUGCUGCAGCGGCUGCUUCGCGUAUUGGUACGGCGGAUACUACUACUACUGUUACAUUUGAGGAGCCUCUUCUGGUUUCUGGGGGGGAUGAUGAUGCGCUUUCACUUGGUUCGGUUGGAGACGGGGAUUUGUCUGAUGAUGGGGAUUCUUCUCGUGGUGAUGGUCAGAAUUCUACUGGUAGUGCUGCUCCCAUUGAGAAGCCUGGAACACAGGGUGGGUGGGAGGACGCUGAGUGGCUGUUCCGUUUGAUGAAGCGGGCGUUGGUAUGA